AUGGAGGUCAAUAACACAGAAGGAAGCCCACUGAUGCGUGUUAGGACGCGACAGUCAUAUAAAAUGUUGGUCUCCAGGCUCUAUGGACAGUGUCAUAUAGACAGUGGACUCGACAUGGCAAGUACAGUCGUACUACUCUUCACUGCCUACUUGCUAGCAGUAGCGUUAUGUGCACCUGCGCAAGAGCAAAAAGAACUUCUGAAUGAAAAAGAAGACCUACAAACUGCAGCAUCUCAUUGGGGAGGUUACGGCUAUGGCGGCUACGGACACUUUGGUCAUUAUUACCCGUUCUACGGUGGCUACGGCUACGGAUGGGGAUAUCCAGGAUAUGGACACUAUUACGGAAGCUAUCCCUAUGGAUUUUACGGACAUCACGGAUACUGGUGG